AUGAAGAAAUUGAUUAAGAAAUAUUCUUGGCUAUAUGCCAUCACAUGGGCUAAAUGUCACCAGGAGUUUACACCUUUCGAUCGAAAAAAUGAUGGGCCCGUGGCCCCUGCUAAUAACAUUCCUGCAUCCGUUUUUAGUACGAAAGCUGGUGUAGCCGAGCCUUUAUGCUCAAUGCUCACAGGAGGUGAUAAAGAAGAUAAGGAUUCUGAUCCAACCACAGAGUAG